GUUGCAAAAACAUAAUAAUGGGCAGCUCCCCAAAACCCAUCUCUCCCUUCUCCUGUUUUGUUCAGAUGCAUCUGCCGCAAGGGAGAAAUUAUAGUUGGAAAUAUCUGUUACAAAACUAUCUUGAGUGAAAUCUUUAAGCUAAAUAAAGGAGGAAGAUUGCAUGACGCAGCGACACUGUUUGCUAAGGGUUGUUCAUUACCCCUGGAGAAAUACGGGCCUUUCACGGUACUUGUGCCUACUGGACAGAGCAUUCCUGAAAUUGACUUUAAUGUCACCUAUGCACAGGAAUUAUGCAGGAAGUAUAUAAUACCUGGGCAGCACUUAACAGUUGACAUGGUUAACACUAAGGUCUUUUGGACAUUAUCUGGACAUAAACUGAUAUUUCACAGACAGGUAUCCCCCAUGAGGUACAGUUACUUAGAUUCUCCAGGUGACAUCUAUUACUUCAAAGACUUCAAUCUGCCAGCAGCUAAUGGCCUUAUACAUCUUGUCAACCCUCUAAGGACAACAGCCACCAUGGACAACUCUGUCAAUGCUCAGAAAACAAUUGCAGAAAUUCUUGCUUCAAUGGAGAUUGCCAGCCGAUUUGAAACUAUAUUAGAAAAUUGUGGCCUUCCAUCAAUUUUGGAUGGUCCUGGACCUUUUACUGUGUUUGUACCAAGUAAUGAAGCAGUGGAUCAAUUAAGAGAUGGAAGGCUAAUUUAUCUCUUCACAGAGGGCAUAAAUAAGCUUCAGGAACUUGUGAAACAUCAUAUCUAUCCCACCGCAGCGGUCCAUGCAGAAAGACUAAUGAUAAUGCCACAUAUUCUGACCAUGGCAAACCAACUGCUGACAGUUGAGAUCAGUAACGAUGGAAGGAUUCUGUUGGAUGAUUCCAAGAUUGCAAUAAACAGAAGGGAUAUUUUGGCAUCAAAUGGUAUUAUUCAUACUUUGGAUGGCAUUUUGAUUCCUUUAUCAAUACUCCCGAUUCUGCCACAGAAGUGUAAUGAAGUACAUUAUAAAGUUGUGGAGGGAUCUUGUGUGGAUUGUGAGCAACUUAAUAGCAGCGUUUGUCCUCCCAGGAGCACAGUUAUGGAAGACAAGGCUUUUUCAGCAGAGUGUGUUUAUAUCCAUGAUCCAUUCGGUUUGAAUGUUUUGAAGAAGGGUUGCCUGAGACGCUGCAAUCAAACUGUCACGAUAACUGGAUGCUGCAAAGGAUUCUUUGGUCCUUCCUGCACCCCAUGUCCUGGUGGAUAUAGCAAUCCAUGCUACAACAAAGGAAACUGUAAUGACGGGAUUCAUGGAAAUGGUCAGUGCAGCUGCCAUGAUGGCUUCAAAGGAAUUGCCUGCCACAUCUGCUCAAGCCCAAACAAGCACGGGGAGAACUGCAGUGAAGAUUGUGGCUGUGUCCAUGGAAUUUGUGACAACAGACCAGGAAGCAGGGGGGUGUGCCACCCAGGGACAUGUGCAGCUGGCUACACUGGGGAAUUAUGUGACACACACUCUCACAGUUGUGAAUCUGUUGAUGCCACACUCAACUGCCAUGUCCAUGCAACCUGUAGUCUGAAUGACACUGUGAGGUGUGUCUGUCUUGAUGGAUAUGAAGGGGAUGGGUUUUCCUGCAAGCCCAUUGAUUCCUGUAGCAAGCCAGGGCGGGGAGGAUGUUCAGAAAAUGCGACGUGUACCAGCACAGGUCCUGGCACAGUCAGCUGUCAGUGCAUCAGGGGUUGGACCGGGGAUGGAAAAGCUUGUGUUACCAUAGACAACUGUGUAAUGGAGACCAGAGGCGGCUGCCACAUCAACGCCGAUUGUAAUUACAUCGGCCCCGGACAGAGCAGCUGCAUGUGCAAGAAAGGCUAUGCGGGUGAUGGUUAUACCUGUGAUAAGAUUGACCUUUGUAUGAUGGACAAUGGGGGCUGCCAUGAGCUGGCUGUAUGCCAGACUCUCAGUACUGGGGAAAAACUUUGCCGUUGCUCUGAAGGCUAUAUAGGAGAUGGAAUUCAAUGUUAUGGUGAUGUGAUGAAGGAGUUAGUAAGGAAUUACCACUUUUCAACUUUUUAUCAGUGGAUUAAGAAAUCCCUCUUCAGCAUCCCCAGAGGAGCCAACGUGACUGUUCUGGUACCUCUGAAGGAAGCUGUCCAAAAUCUGAGCAAGGCUGAAAAGGAGUUCUGGCUGGAGUCCAACAUGCUACCAUCUCUUGUCAGGUCCCACUUCCUCCAGGGCUCUUUCACAACUCAGCAACUCAAGAACUAUGUUGGCCGAGAACUCCCCACCCUCAAUCCACAGGCCAAGUGGGAAAUAAAGAGCAACAAUGGGGAAAUAACUAUUCAGAAUGCUAGCAUUGUAUUGGGUGAUAUUCCUGCUAUUAACAGCACUAUUUAUAUCAUCAAUAAGGUUCUGUUACCAACAUCUGUCAAGAUCCCACCUGGUCUGCAGGAGCAAUUGAACACAGUGCCCUCCUUCUGGAGGUUCAAAGAGCUUUUGGAGCAAUAUCAGCUGGUGAGAAAAAUUGAGUCAUCACAGAAAUAUACUAUUUUUGUCCCAGGAAAUAGUUCAAUUGAGAAAUAUUGCCAAUCAUCAAAUAUUACCCAACUGGAUAAUGACACCGUGCAGUAUCAUAUCGUAAUUGGUGAUAAACUGUUUUUGAAAGAUCUGAAGAACGGAGCUCACAGAAGCACAAUGUUAGGAUUCUCCAAUUGGCUCAUGUUUUCUAAUACACUCAAUAAGACAUAUGUAAACAGGGUUCUUUUGAAUGGCCCAUUUGUUGAAACAAGAAAUGGAAUGCUGAUUGGGGUUUCUCAAGUUCUACAGGUUCACAAAAACCGUUGCAAUACCAAUACCACCACUGUACAAAAGUCAAGAUGUGCUAAGUGCGACAAAAGGAUCAAGUGCCCAGCAGGAUCAGUGCUUGCACAAAAACCAGGCAGAGGGAAUCUUCCUCACUGUAUAUAUAGAUCUGGAGGCAUGAAUUUAGUUGGCUGCCAUUUCACCUGCAUCAAAGUUUCCCUAGUCUCUGUCUGCUGUCCAGGCUACUAUGGUGCUAUGUGUGAGAUGUGCCCUGGGAAACCAGGCAGCUGGUGCUCUGGUAAUGGGGUGUGUCAAGAUGGUAUUGAAGGCAAUGGAGAUUGCCAGUGUCAAGAAGGUUUCCAUGGCACAGCCUGUGAAAUGUGUCAAGCAGGAAGAUAUGGACCCAAGUGUCAAUCAGAGUGCAAUUGCAAUAAAGGGCAAUGCAAUGAUGGGUUGUUAGGUGAUGGAAGCUGUACAUGCAUCUCAGGAUUUAAAGGAGUCAAUUGUGACCAAGGUAAGUGAAUGAUGGGAGUUGGGAAACAAGACAUAUCAUUCCAGAUUUGAAACCUAUUGUUAAAAAAAAUCAGAUUUAAAAGAAAUGAGGAAGGGCUAUAUCUAACAUGUCCAAACUGGACUUUUGUUUUACAACUAAUGUGUCCCUUUCCUUCUUCUACAGUCAAAUCUGCAGAAAAGGCCCAGUUUUCAAGACAAAUCUAGUGGAUGAGUAGAAAUGUACUGCAAAGAUAAGGGAUAAUCAAAUAUACUAGGACUGCUGCUGCUGCUAAUAGAGGAACACCAUCAAAAAUAAAAGUUCUUCAAUAUUUUAGACAUUUAACCAAUAAGUGAGGCAGUUUAUAAGCAAUUGUUGGUUUAAUUAGGUCCAUCAAGUAGAAUGAGAAAAUAGUUAUAUUAUGAAUAAUUAGUGGGAAAUACUCUGGAGCCCAGUCUUUUGGGAUCAGUGGCACAUUUGAAAUGUGAGAGCAUGCUAUGGGCAUUCUCACAAAAAGGUUGCCAUGGUAGUGUGACAGGUCAUAACACAUCCAUAUAUCAGAAGGCAAAGAAAACACUUGUUGUUGUUUAGUCGUUAAGUCGUGUCCGACUCUUCGUGACCCCAUGAACCAUAUUGCGCCAGGCC